AUGUCGACACCUCGCAGUCUGCUGGGAGAAAAAGGAGUUUACGCCCUCAGAGCAGACACUCGCAGACUGUCAAGUGUCGACAUAGGAGAUGGAACAUGGACUCAUGCAGACAUUACAGAGAUGGGGAUUCUGAAGGCUGUAGCCGCCUACUUUGAGGCCAACCCGAGACCCAACACCACCCUUGCAGCUGGAGAUCUGACGCAGAUGAAGAACAUGACAACGAGGAAACUGUUCCAAGCCUACUACGGAGAAGGCGUUCCAGAAUCCCGUUUUCGGGACGCCAUUAACAGCAUCAUCAAAGCCAAUAACCAGGUGAAUCUGGAUCUGUUCCGGACGGCGGCGUGGCACUGUAACGGGGAGACAAUCAGGGAGGCCAACAAGAAGAUGAUAUCUCUUAGGGAACGGGCCAUAGAGGUUUUGUCACAAAGCAGUACAAAUUUUGACCUGGCGAGAACCUUGAUUGGACAGUAUCUGCACAUCAUGCAAAUGUUCUACAGCAACACCAACUGGAUUGAACUUAGUGGAGGUGUUAUGUACCACUCUCUCGGGAUACGAAACAAGACACUUCUUGGUGAAGCACUCCCUGAAAUGGAUACUUGCAUAUCUUCUAGUGAAGCUGUGAACGCAACGUGUGAUGGCAAUAUGAUUUUGGAUGACAAGAUUCUCACAAGCGGCUACAGAAGCGGGCAAGAUGUUAUCAAACCAUACAAAGACCCUAGUGUCUCCACAACGGGCAAAUGCAGUCAUGGUGGCCCGUGGGACGAGAGCAGUUCAUCAGUGGCAGCCCUGGGGGGAAUCAACAAAGACUCCUUCCUCGUGUCCCUGUCCCCCCACAGUCAUCUCCACCUGGUGGCAGCACAGGCAGCCAUUGAACACACCUCGUACUUCUUUGAUGACGAAGAAUACGGAAUCAGGGGUAUCAUCGGGACCAACAAAUUCAACGAUUUACUUCAACUGACAUCUGGACCCUCGCUUGCAUUCAUCAUAGACUAUUCUGGUUCCAUGGGAGACGACCUCGAAGGAAUUAAAUCUGUAAUUCGGGAUAUCAUGUCAAGUAAGAUUGGGACUUUGGAGGAGCCAGCGAACUUCAUUUUCUCCCUCUUCAAUGACCCGUUGUCCAAAAGCACGACUUACAGGACCAAUGAUGGGAAUAAUGCUCUGAGCUAUCUUGAGGGGAUCAGUGUCAGUGGAGGUGGUGAUUGUCCAGAAUAUGCUAUGGAUGGACUCUUUAACGGUCUGGCUUUGUGCAAUUACAACUCUGAUCUGUACUUCUUCACGGAUGCAUCUGCCAAAUUCCCAGAGGUGUUGUCAUCAGUACAGUCACUGGCUACACAGAAGAAUGUUCGACUGCAGAUGUUCCUGACGGAUGACUUGUGCGGGUCGAGCACCGCCCUGGAUUACUACAGAAAACUGGCCACAUAUACUGGAGGGUCUGUCUUCAUCACAAGCAAGGACGGUAUCGCCAGGGUUGCCUCGAUACUAAAGGAAUUUAGUAGUCCUUCGGUGACUAUAGUCAAGGCAACAGUAACACCUGACAUGAUGGUGGCCUUCCCUCUAGACCGAACAGUUCUCCAAGCAACACUUAAGAUUACAACAGAGGACAGAGCGACGCCCGUGUAUAAACUAUAUAAACCUAAUGAUAUUGAGGCUACGUCAAACGUAAAGGACUUUGGCGAUGGAAUCCAUGUGGUCAAGAUUCAGACCCCAACAACGGGCGUAUGGAGACUAGCCCGCCUGGGUUCCACAACCUGGGACGUGGAGGUGACAGCUCAGAGUACCCUGGACGUAUCUACAACAUUUGUGAAGCUGGACCCCAUCUCCGGGUUUGAGUAUGAGAUCAGCGGACGACCUAUAGCAGGUGAGAAUGCCACAGUCAUCCUUGGCAUUCCUUCGUCAGAUGAUGUUCGCACAGUAGACAACGUUAUCUUAACUGAUCCUCAAGGAGCUGAGCUGGCAAGACAUGGCGGACUGAUACAGGUUGCGUCAAGAGCUGAUUCACUGACCUACAGGACCACGUUCUCACUGCCUGUGGAGGCAUUCCAAAUGGCUGUAGAAGGCACCGACAAAGGAGGAAACAAGUUUUUGCGUCUUCAAACAAGAGUGAUAGUGCCUGUUGGCAUAGACCUUGCGUUUCUCCCCAAUAAUGGGAGCACGUACACUAUAGGAGAGAAUACAAUUCCCUUCACGGUGGUCAACAAGGCUGAAGCCGAGUCCAACAUCACAGUCAGAUUGUCACACAGAGUCACUAGUAGCGAGUACCACUACACCUUACAGCCCGGGGAACGUAAAUCAGCGUCAGAGACACUGGAUGUGACCGACUACGAUGUCAGGACAUUCACGCUUACUGCAAAGACAUCUAGCGCAAGUGAGAGCGAGUUCCAGUACGACAUAAUACAUCUGGUCGCAGAAAAGCCUGAUCUCAGGGAAGAAGAUGACACCAUCCCUGUCUGCAACGUCACCUCGGUGACAGGUAGUUGUGACGUCACAAUGCUUGACCCUUGUGUGUGCAGCCAGUACAAGUGGUCAGGGACUGCUGAAAUCAGAGACAAUGGGUUCGGACUCUACCAAGUGACCGCUUCUAUUAAUGCAACAGGAUCGUUCCGACACGACAAUUUCACCCUUGGUUACAACGGCACCAUAUCAGCUACCAUCACGAGCGACUGCUGUUAUCCACUCGUCUUCAUCACCGUGGUCGACAUCGCCAGUAACACCGGUCAGUGUGUGUUUGAUCUCUCCCCUGGACUGACUAAACCUAUUCGAUCAUGCAACUCAACAACUCAGUGUCAACUCCCUCCUCCUGGUGCUGCUGCUACUACUAGUCCCGGUCGUGCUGCUGAUGCUACUAGUCCCGGUCGUGAUGCUGAUGCUACUAGUAGUCCCGGUCCUAGUGCUGAUGCUACUAGUAGUCCCGGUCCUAGUGCUGCUGCUACUAGUAGUCCCGGUCCUAGUGCUGCUGCUACUACUAGUCCCGGUCCUAGUGCUGCUGCUACUAGUAGUCCCGGUCCUGGUGCUGCUGCUACUACUAGUCCCGGUCCUGGUACUAGUACUGUUCCUGCACCACCGAUCCCCAGUUACUUGGGCAAGGAUCUUGAGGCCGUUGUUGGUGUUGCCGCUUUUGGUGGAAUCUUGGUUCUCGUGCUUCUCAUCGCCAUCGUCGUCAUCUGUUGUAAGAGUGGGGCAGGUAGACGAAAAUACAAACGACGGAAAUAUGCGGAAAGAAGAUACUAGGACUCGAGUAUUUGUUCUCUCAUGCUGGCCAUGCUGAUUGCUCUAGACGUUGUGUGUCAUGAUUUUCAAAUUUUGGACCCCCCUUUUUGAGGUAUUAGUUGCAUGUCUUGAGCAAUCGCCGGCAAAAUAAUUUUUCUAGCAAAAUUUUCUUUGCAUGGUCAACUGUAAAGUGGACUGUUAGUAUCAUGUCGGCUUUCUAUGGUCUAUUGUAUUGUUGUCCGUCAAGAACGUGGACAUUUUCCAAAAAGCAUAGUACACAACACCUUUUGGAUAUGUCAAAACAGACGGGGUCAAUGUGAAUUAUACUGCUAUAGUAGAUUUAUAUAUAUGCAUUAGUUUACUAUCACACCAAAUAGAUAAAAGGUAAUUCAUUGUAUUAACUUCAUUGUGGAACGAUGUGACACCACGCCAGUUCUGCUUUAAGCAAUACACGUUUUGUUGUUAAUCACAGUAGGACUUUCCGUUAUGUUCCAUGCGUUUCACUGUUUGCCGCAUUCGUCAUAACGAUAACAGACUGGCACGUCGCUGGGACUAUCUCAUGCACGGCACCUUCCUGAUGGCCAUGUUAGCAGCCGACCUUGACCCCUUGUGAGGUCUCAAACCACAGGCCUCAGUGUUUCAGCUGCUUAUUCCAGCAUUACUGCCCGGUGAUUUUUUGUCAAAAUGUUCCUAACUUGCUUUCACAUCACUGACAAACGAGUCCAGUGAUAACGGUUCUUACCGGUGUCACAUUUACUGUACAUGUUUACAUAUCAGUCUGGCCUGUGUUGUUUGAUCAUACUGUCAAUUAUAUUCACUUCACCUUGUUUAUCUGCCUGAUGUCCACCAGGUGAGAAGUUCACCAGCACACCAUGGACACGUAGUAGCAGAUAUGGGGUAGAUGUUGGUGGGUGGCACAUGCACAACACAACGAUACUCGUGGCCACAGAUGACAGACAUGUAUCUUAUUUUCGAAAUGAUGAUAAUCAUUAACUAAGAAUGUUCAUUAACCCUGUAUAUAUGCAGAAACAUCUUUAUUCUUUAAGUAUUUGAUUAUGAAACAUAUCGUGGAUAAUAUAUAUAUUACAGUUUCUACAUAUUCUCAGAGUGAUAUAGCUAGCCCAGAAACAGUACUAGCAUAAAUAAAUCUUUAAAUAUAUAUAGCAAGAAGAAAACUAUUUAACAAAACUUACAUCAUGUAUGACUUGCCAUAAAUAUAUAUUACAAAUAAUAAUGAAGAUAAUAUGUAGAAUUAUAUAUAUACAAUAUGAUUAUACCCUGCACUUACCACUAUGUGGCAGUGAGUUUAACAAUCAAUUAUGCAGCCAAGGAUGAUCGGUCAAGGAUCGCGGGUCAUUCUGUAAAGAUUUAGAACACGACCUUAAUAAUGGUAACAAUUGUAUAUAAAACAAGUUGCAACAAAAACAAGAAAUCUCACACCCACACCUACAACUAUUUCAUACCACAUUCAUACGAUUAUAGGUUAAUACAAUAUUUAAGUUAUAAUUUAGUUUAAUUAGGUUUAAACUGGCAUUUACCUACCGCAUAGACCAUGUUUAAUAUACAUAGCAAAUUGAUAUUAAAUGAUGUAGUUUUAAUAGAUUACACAGACAACCCACUGUACUGAUUGUUAAAACCACUAGCUACAUUUAAUUAUGCACAAUAUAAUACCUCGGGAGAAAUGCACUAUGUACAAUACCAUGUAUAAGAUAAUUCUUUAUUGCCCGUGAGGGAAUUUGUCUUACAUCUGAAUGAGCAUAAAUGCAUGUAUCUAAAAUAAAUACAUAGAAACGUGAUCAUAAUUACCUACAAAUGUACAAAGCAUGAGAAUGGAGAACAUUAACGGUUAGUCAACAAAGAAAUUGAUAAUGGUACAGAAGACAUUUUAUAACGCUUGGAAUUGCACGUGGGUAAAUUAAACCGACGACCGGAGGUUAAACGUUCAUAACAUUCAGGUGAAACAUGAGAGGGAUCCAUAAUAAUAUAGAGGCUUUACGCUAUGAAUGUCAUUGAUUCUCUUAAAGAUACGAUUCAUAAUUUUCUCUCCUUGUUCUAUAAUCUUGUUUAGUUUGUUUGUAUUACUGAGUGAAAGGGGAGUCGAGCCGACACUGAAUAGAGAACAGGAUGGAUUGCACACAAGUUUUAUAGAAAAGGUCCAAAAAGGUUGAUUCAAUGUGAAAAGAUCGGAGUUUCCCAGGGAAAUGAAGGCAAGACUGACAACUACUGUAAAUGCGGUCGAUAUUUUGAGAGAAAUUCUCAAUUCUAGUUCCCAGAUACUUAUAACUACUGACUACUUCGUCGUCAUUGAUAAUGACAGGAUUAUUUGCUGGUUUGUUCUAUUCUAUCUGUAAAGUUAAAUGCUGAACUUAUAAACUAUCCAACCACUAUGAACAAAUGAUUAAAACUGAUACGGUAUUUAUACGGUAACCUAUAAACUAGCAAACUACUAUACACAAAACUAUUGCAGAAAACUAAUAAUACUUAAAACUUGAUUUUGCCACAAACACCACCCCUUAACGCAUAUUCCAAUAGAGCUAUGCUGUUUGGAUUGCGUACUGUCGAGUAUUAAUUUUACCUGAAGACACACAUUUGUUUACACAUUUAAGAAAUCAAAAUAUAAGUAAAUAUACCAAAUAUUGAUUGUAUAUUUGUAUUGCACAACUGCUGUCAAUGUUUGCGACCAUUUACAGCAGGUGCCAGUGUAGAGUAAUGUGUGCACACUCCCGCAGCUUCUCGUGUGAUGGUCGGGUGUCUAUAACCUGAACAGCACAGUCCAGUCAACAAUGAAGGGACUGGUUCGAUUGGUCAACACUUUCAAGAACAUGAUAAUCAAUGUUAAUCAUACAGAUGGGUAGAUGGGGCUAGGAUAUUCUGCAUAUACUAUUUUCCUGUAGCUGUACAUCUUCAUCUGAUACGGGAGAUACACCAUAUGGAGAUACAGAAGGGGUGCGACUCGGGUGUUUCCGUCUGUGCUAGUUAUGUCUCCCGCCCGAAGGGUCGGGAGACAUAUUGUUUUUAGUUGAGUUUCCGUCGGCGUCAGCGUCGGCGUUCUCAUUGUUUCCGGAACAUAACUCUAAAACUUCUUGAACAAUCUUCACCAAAUUUGGUGUACUGCCUCUCCAUAUCACGUAGAUGCACCUUUUUCGGGGUUUGAGUAUU